AUGUCGGCAGACAGCAAGAAGACCCAUGUCUCGCUGACCGAAAGUCGCCUUGGAACGAAAGCUUCUCGCUUGCUGGUCACGCACGUCAACAAGCUUGAACUGGACGAUGAACUGAUCAGUCUCAAGGAGUAUGUGCUGACGGACCUCGCUCACGCCGUGAUGCUCACGCGUGCUGGCAUCUUUGAUGCUCAACAUGGUGCUAGCAUCGUCCAGGCCCUCCUCAAACUUCACGGCAGUGAUACCUCUGCUAUGCUUGCGCCUGACCCUGAGGUUGGCACUCUCGGUCUGCAAAUCGAAAAGUACCUUGAGAAAGUGCUUGGCUCUCGCGGCCGCGAUAUUCAGCGCGGUCGCAGCCGCAUCGAUCAGAAGGCUACGAAUUGGCGCCUCAUAAACAGAGCGAGCCUGACAGAUGUCAUACGAAAACUCGUCGAUCUUGCGACCGAAAUCUUAGCAACGGCGGAUCGAUACACUGGCAUCCUCAUGCCUGGAUAUACUCACAUGCAACACUCUCAGCCAACAACAAUCGACCACUACCUCAACGCUCACUACUGGGCGGUGUCACGAAGCUUGGAUCGCCUUUACGAUGCUUACGAUCGCUUGAAUGUUUGCCCCUUAGGCGGCGCAGCCUACAGUGGUACUUCUUGGCCUAUCAAUCGUGAUAGCACCUCGACCUAUCUUGGUUUCGACCAUCCCAUCCUGAACGCCAGAGAUGCCGGUUUCGCGGCCAUUGACAUGGGUGCCGAGCUCGCAGGUGCCCUCGCCGCUACACUAUCGACCAUCAGCCGUCUCGCCUCGGACCUCAACUACUGGUCCUCCAGCGAAGUCAACCUUCUGCGCAUCGACGCCGCACUUUGUGGCACGUCGAGCAUGAUGCCCCAAAAGCGCAACCCGAUAGUGCUAGAACGCAUCCGUGGCCUUGCCGGCGUCUCAGUGGGCUGGACCGCUAGCCACCUGGGUGUCAUGCAUACGGCAUAUUCCACCGAUGUCGAUCAGUCAUACGUCCACAAUUUGCUCCCGGGACAGUGCGCCGAGACGGUUGGUGCCAUCGCUCUACUUCGCGAGGUCUUGGCGACGGCCGAAUUCGACGUGCCUGCCAUGCGCAUCUCGGCGGGCCAGCACUGGUCGACGGCGAGCGCACUGGCGGACGCCCUCGUUUCCUUGUGUGGUCUGAGCUUCCGUGACGCGCACGAGAGUGUUGCUCGUCUGGUCGAGGCGCAUGAGCGUGCUGGUUGUCAUGGUGAGCUGCGGGGCAAGCUCAUCGACGAUGCCUUCAGGCACGUCUUGUCGGAGUCCGAUGUCAGAAGCAUACUUGAUCCGGAGUCUUUUGUUGAGUCGAGGAUUAGCAGUGGAGGCACUUCUCCCAAGGCACGGCGUGAGCUCGCGGCAUCUGCAUCGGCUGAUCUUGCUGAGAAGAAGAAGAGUCUGCUAGCCCGCGUUGGUCAUGUUGAUAAGGGGCUUCAACUUUUGCUCAAAGACGCACAAUCACUUGUUAUCUCUCCAGAGUAG